UUCUGUGUGGAGCUCUCCUGUCACAUCCAGCAAGGAUAUGUUCGAAGCCGUGAAUCCUUGAGGUUUCCUUCUGCGUUACAAGGAGACAAUGUGUGCCCUAGAUAAGCCGGCUCAUUAGUCAGGAAUUUUGGUUCAGAGACACAAAUUCUGUUACAUGUGGACUAGUUUUGACAAAAGGCGACGGUGGAAAAGAACGGAACGGGCAGCAGAAGUGGGGGUUUGACAGGUGCCGUUGUUCAGCUUGGCUUGGGGAGAUGCCUCCUGUCCAAAAAACUAUGUCCGAUCUUCGAUCCCGGGUGGAAGGGUACGAGAAGACGGAGGACACCUCGGGGAAGACAUCGGCGGGCGUGCAGGAAGAUUCCAGGCUCAUCUUCAUCAACCAGCCCCAGUUCACCAAGUUCUGCAGCAACCGUGUCAGCACAGCGAAGUACAAUGUUCUCACCUUCCUGCCGCGGUUCCUCUACUCCCAGUUCAGACGGGCUGCCAACUCCUUCUUCCUCUUCAUCGCACUGCUGCAGCAAAUCCCGGACGUCUCUCCGACGGGGCGCUGGACGACCCUAGUCCCCCUGCUCUUCAUACUGGUGGUGGCAGCAGUGAAGGAGGUCAUCGAGGAUCUGAAACGUCACAAUGCUGACAACGUGGUGAACAAGAAGAAGACGCAAGUGCUGAGAAAUGGAGCAUGGGAGAUUGUCCACUGGGAGAAGGUAGAAGUGGGGGAUGUUGUUAGAAUAAAUGGCAGAGAGUACAUACCUGCGGACAUGAUCCUGCUGUCAUCCAGUGAGCCACAAGCCAUGUGCUACAUCGAGACGUCCAAUCUAGAUGGAGAGACCAACCUCAAGAUCCGCCAGGGCCUGCAGGUGACCGCAGAGAUCCGGGACCCUGACAGCCUGAUGAGGCUGGCGGGGCGCAUAGAGUGCGAGAAUCCCAAUCGGCACCUCUAUGACUUCAUAGGGAACAUCCGCCUGGAAGGCCACAGCACGGUACCCUUGGGUCCAGACCAAAUUCUGCUGAGAGGGGCCCAGCUUCGGAACACGCAGUGGGUCCACGGCAUUGUGGUGUACACUGGGCACGACACCAAACUCAUGCAGAAUUCCACAAAACCCCCCCUGAAGCUCUCCAAUGUGGAACGCAUCACCAACUUCCAGAUCCUGGUUCUGUUCGGCUGCCUGCUGGCCAUAUCGCUGAUCUGUUCCAUCGGCCAGACCAUCUGGAAAGCCCGACACGGCAACAACGCCUGGUACAUGGACCUCAACUCUCCAGACGGUGGCGCCGCCAACUUUGGCCUCAACUUCCUGACCUUCAUCAUCCUCUUCAACAACCUGAUCCCCAUCAGUCUGCUGGUCACCCUGGAGGUCAUAAAGUUUAUCCAGGCCUUUUUCAUCAACUGGGACACGGACAUGCACUACGAAGUCACCAACACUCCUGCGAUGGCUCGCACCUCCAACCUCAAUGAAGAGCUGGGGCAGGUGAAAUACAUCUUCUCUGACAAAACGGGAACCCUGACAUGCAACGUGAUGCAGUUUAAGAAGUGCACCAUUGCAGGUGUGACCUAUGGCCACAGUCACUCCUCAGAAGACGAGGGCUGUAGUAUUUCUGAGGAUGAUGGACACACCCCGCGGUCGUCCGAGGAGGCGGGAUUUAGCGACCCCAGCCUGCUAGAGAACCUCCAGAGCAAUCACCCCACAGCCCCCGUCAUUCAGGAGUUCAUGACAAUGAUGGCAGUUUGUCACACUGCAGUCCCAGAGCGGACAGACGGCAAAAUCGUCUACCAGGCAUCUUCUCCAGAUGAGGGGGCGCUGGUGAGGGCGGCGCGGGACCUGGAUUUCGUGUUUACAGGCCGCACCCCAAACUCUGUCAUCAUUGAAGCCCUUGGCCGUGAGGAGAGGUAUGAGCUCCUGAACGUUCUGGAGUUCACCAGCUCCAGGAAAAGAAUGUCUGUCAUCAUGCGAACUCCGGCUGGAAAGAUCCGCCUUUACUGCAAAGGAGCAGACUCAGUCAUUUACGACAGGCUGGCUGAAUCCUCAAGGUACACGGACAUCACGCUGAAACACCUGGAACAAUUUGCUACAGAGGGUCUGCGCACUCUGUGCUACGCGGUGGCCGACGUUUCGGAGACGUCGUACCAGGAGUGGGCGGAGGUGUACUCCCGCGCCUCCACCGCCCUUCAGAACCGCACCCUGAAGCUGGAGGAGAGCUACGAGCUCAUCGAGAAGAACCUGCAGUUGCUGGGAGCGACAGCCAUUGAAGAUAAGCUCCAGGACAAGGUGCCGGAGACCAUCGAGACACUGAUGAAGGCCGACAUCAAGAUCUGGAUCCUGACCGGGGAUAAGCAGGAGACAGCCAUCAACAUUGGACACUCGUGCAAGCUGCUGACCAAGAACAUGGGCCUGCUGGUGGUAAAUGAAGACUCUCUGGAUGACACGAGGGAGACCCUCAGCCAGUACUGCGGCAUCCUGGGAAACUCUCUGCACAAGGAGAACAACUCUGCCCUCAUCAUCGACGGAAAGACACUCAAGUACGCUCUCACCUUCAACGCUCGCCAGUUGUUCCUGGACCUGGCUCUGUCCUGCAAGGCCGUCAUCUGCUGCAGGGUGUCCCCGCUGCAGAAGUCGGAGGUGGUGGAGAUGGUGAAGAAGCAGGUGCGCGUGGUCACGCUGGCCAUCGGCGACGGCGCCAACGACGUGGGCAUGAUCCAGACCGCCCACGUGGGCGUGGGCAUCUCGGGCAACGAGGGCCUGCAGGCUGCCAACUCCUCCGACUACUCCAUCGCCCAGUUCAAGUACCUGAAGAAUCUGCUGCUGGUCCACGGUGCCUGGAACUACAACCGCGUGGCCAAGUGCAUCCUGUACUGCUUCUACAAGAACAUCGUCCUGUACAUCAUCGAGAUCUGGUUUGCCUUUGUGAACGGUUUCUCCGGUCAGAUCCUGUUUGAGCGCUGGUGCAUCGGCCUGUACAAUGUGAUCUUCACAGCGCUGCCUCCUCUUACUCUGGGGAUAUUCGAGCGUUCCUGCAGGAAAGACAACAUGCUCAAGUACCCAGAGCUCUACAAGACAUCCCAGAAUGCAAUGGGCUUCAACACCAAGGUCUUCUGGGCGCACUGUCUGAAUGGCCUCUUCCACUCGGUCAUCCUGUUCUGGUUCCCACUCAAAGCCUUCCAGCACGACACUGUUUUUGGAAAUGGAAAGACGCCAGACUACCUCCUCCUCGGCAACAUGGUCUACACGUUUGUCGUGAUCACUGUGUGUCUCAAAGCUGGACUGGAGACUUCAUCCUGGACUAUGUUCAGCCACAUUGCUAUCUGGGGCAGUAUCGGCCUAUGGGUGGUGUUUUUCUGGGUGUACUCCUCCCUGUGGCCUCUCAUCCCCCUGGCUCCGGACAUGACAGGAGAGGCGAUCAUGAUGUUCAGCUCAGGGGUGUUCUGGAUGGGCCUGUUCUUCAUCCCCGUCACCUCCCUCAUUUUCGACGUGGCCUACAAAGUGUUUAAAAAGGUCUGCUUCAAGACGCUAGUGGAUGAGGUGCAGGAGCUGGAGGCCAUGUCCCGGGACCCUGGAGCAGUGGUUCAUGGGAAAAGACUGACAGAGACAGCCCAGCUCCUGAAGAACGUCUUCAAGAAGAACACGGGCACGGCCUACCGCUCCAACUCCAUCCAGCAGAACCUGCUCCACGGCUACGCGUUCUCUCAGGACGAAAACGGCGUGGUCUCGCAGUCGGAGGUCAUGCGGGUGUACGACACCACCAAGCGGGAGACGAGGGACGAGUGGUGAAGCCCCGCCCCUUCCCC